CUGUAGGCUACCGUCUGAUAUUUUUUAAUCUCCAUUUUAGACAGCAUACUGACGCAUCAGUGGGCUUCAUGACUGGGACAAUGUGCCGGGGUCUGGUCAGUUCCUGAUGGCCUGAUGAUGGUCUAUCAAUAGCAGUUUUCCCAUUACUAAAUCUGUGUGUGACCUGGGAGAUGGACAGGCAGGGCCCAGGAGAGAAGCAGGCAGACAAUAGGACCACUACAACCCCCACCCCAUCAUCAACUACCGUCACCAUGGCAACAGUCAGCUCUGGAAGCACCACGUGCACCCAGGCGCCUUCUACUUCCCUCAGCAUCAUCUCACCCGACAGACAGGCAGUCCAGGUGAUCCAGCACGCCAUCCACAGACCUCAGAGCAUGGCGGCCCAGUACCUGCACCAGAUGUACGCAGCCCAGCAGCAGCACCUCAUGCUGCAGACAGCCGCCCUGCAGCAGCACCAGCACAGCCCUCAUCUGCAGAGUCUGGCCACUAUACAGCAGGCUUCAGUCUGCCAGAGGCAGUCGCCUUCUUCUUCCAGUGGCAGUUUGGUUCAUCAUCCUGCUGGUGUUUCCCAAAACUCAAUUACUUUACCAGCGUCUCCAGUGACAGCCCAGCUGAUCGGACGAACCCAAACAUCCACUGGUGCUGCGACCACCAUCUCCCAGCAGGCCAUGCUGCUGGGAAACAGACCGGCCAACUGUAACCAAGCUCAGAUGUACCUUCGCACUCAGAUGCUUAUUCUAACCCCCGCAGCCACGGUGGCUGCCGUUCAAUCAGACCUCCCUGCUGUCACCUCCUGCUCCUCUUUACCUACCUCCUCUCAGGUGCAGAAUCUCGCUUUGCGUGCCCACCUGCCUGGAGCUCUGGCCACGGCCCACAGUGUGAUUUUAAAACCAUCCACCCAGUCGCAAGCCAUGACUCCGACCACCUCUUUAUCCAAGACGUCGAUCUGCGGGUUGAAAACCAAUCAGCUGACUGACUCCUCAUCAGAAACAAGACCCGCUGAUGUCACCCGGUUGGCCUCAGGACCCCAGAUUAUAACCCCAGCCUACUCUCCGGUGCACACCCACGCUCUGAUGAAGCAGCAGCUGUCCUGUCCAUCGGGCCAGCGGGUGGCGCACCACCAGCUCAUCCUCCAGCAGGCUGCAGGAGGAGCUCCGCACCACAGGCAGCUCCAGCCCAUCGCCCUCAGAGUAGCACCUCAAGAAACCAACUCCAACCCUCUUCCUCUUUCAAUUAAAAGACUGACCACUCCCAGCACCCAAUCACAAACCAACAACAACCCCCAUGCCCCUUCUUCUUCUUCUUCCUCUCCGUCUGUCACCAGCGUGUUUGCAUCCUCAAUCCCAGCAGCCACCGUUCAGCCUCAGCCUCCUCCUCUGGUGGCCGCUCCUCAGCGUCGGACUUCAUUCCCACAAGUGCAGAACCAGCCUCCGCCUCCUCCUCCACCUCUGGUUCUCCCCAGGCUGCCCCAGAACCCCCCAGCCUCCCUCCAGGGGCGGCCCCUGCACUCGGUCCAUGCUCUGGCUGUCCAAUCGGGACGGGUGCUGCUGACAGAGCAGCAGCUGCCUGUGGCGGAGGCUCUGGUCCAGAUGCCCUACCAGAACUUCCCGCCCCCUCAGACGGUGGCUGUUAAUCUGAAAGUGCAUCGAGUCAGACAAAAUGAAACGCCAUCUUCGGCGCAGACGUGCAAAACGAAUGGAUUGAGCUCAGAGGUGAGGAAAGAUGAAUGUUCUCCCAGUCCACAGCGAGACAGGACCCUGACUCCUCUCAUUGGGCCUCCUAAGCAGAAUGGUGCAGUGAUGGGUUCAUCCUCCAUCACAUCCAGUCGCUCAGUGAUCAGGUCACCAGUGGUGGAAGAACCCCAACAGCUCACCACGAGCAGCAGCAACCCUCCGCCUCCAUCUCCUCCUCUGCCUCCUCCCGUCCUGCCAGCAGCAGUGAGAGGCCCCAGCCAGCCCCCCUCCACCCCAGUCAGCGUCCCCGGGAGCCCCGACAGGAUACUUACAACCCACGUCCUCACACACCUCAUAGAGGGCUUUGUCAUCCGAGAGGGCCUUGAGCCGUUCCCGGUGGUCUCCUCGCUGUUGGCAGAGCAGCAGGCUUCACUUCCUGAAUCCCAGGAGAUACAAACCAACGGGGAUGCAGCAGCAGAGGACAGUCCGCUGGAUGCUGACCAGUCGGAUUCAACAGACUCAGAGAUGGAAGACGAUGGCCCUGCAACGGACGAGCUGGUGGAGAGCGUGGCAAGCGUGCUGCAGUGUGAGUUCUGUGGGAGUCGAGGUUACUCUCACACGUUCCUGCGCUCCAAACGUUUCUGCUCCAUGGCGUGCGUCAGAAGGUUCAGUGUGAGCUGCACCAAGCGUAUCACUGUGCUGAGAGCGGAUCGCUGGGAUCACAGGCCGAUGGGCAGGAGAGGACGACCGCCCAGCAGCAGAGUCAACGGAGCCUCCAGGGAACAUUUUCUGAGACAGGCUCGUGCCUCGUUUGGCUCACAGGAGACCCGACGAAGCUCACUGAGAGACGAGGAAGAGCAGGAGGAUGAAGAGGAAGAUGAUCCACCUGUUCCCAUGACAACCAGGCGCCAGAAACAGGCCGAGAGAGAGCGUGAGAGAAAGGAGGAGAGAGAGCAGGAGCAGAGGACGACGGAAACGAUCAGUGUCUCCGACGGAGAAGACGACGACGCCGGCUCUGCGUCUCAGUGGAGCGUAGAACAAGUGUUUUCUUUUAUCAACUCGCUGCCAGGCGGUCAGGAUGUAGCCGGGGAGUUUCGCUCCCAGGAAAUAGACGGACAGGCUCUGCUGCUGCUGACAGAGGAGCACCUGGUCAGCACCAUGAACCUUAAACUGGGACCUGCACUCAAACUGUGUGCCCACAUUAACUCUCUGAAAGAUGCAUAAACAUAUUCCUACUCUACAAGGAUGGAUUUGUGUUGAUCUGGACCAGGAUGACGAAAACAAGGAGCAACGAGGAAUCUGUUUUUGAAGUUGUCUGACACACAAAGACAGUUCAAACGGACUGAGUGUAGUUUUUUCUGAGACCACUGCCAAGGAUUUCACUCCUGAGUGAAGUCCACACACUGUACCAGCUGAUUUUAACACGUCUCGUCUUUCAAUUGUAGUGAUUGUAGCAGUUUGCCCCCCCCCUCCCCCCCGGUUAUCCAUUUGUUUCAAAAUGGUAAAUUAUCUUUGUAUAAUUUGUAAAACAAAGAAAACAACUUUACAUUAUUACACCCUAAGUUAAAAGGAUGCUGUACAAUUUUAAAGUUUACAGAACAGAUUUACUAUCUAACAGAUGAAGUUUGAUACACUUUAUCAUCUGCACACUCGUGAUUUAUGGAUUAUUUAUGAUUUAUUUAUUAUUGUCAUAAUUAAUAUACAAAUAAAAACAUUUAAGUACUGUG